CCGCCUUGUUCUUUUCGCGUGUAUUCUGGGCGGAGUUCCGGAAGAACAGCGAGGUUGUUUCUCAUUGGCUAUUCCAGCUACACUAAAGGUAAACAUUAGCUGUGAUUGGUCACAAAAGAAAGCAUCCUGCACGGCGAGCAUGGAGGAGCAGUAGCGGUGGAAGAAGCGGAGGUUUUGCAGAGGAUUAAAUUAGUGAGAGCCACGGCGGGAGGAAGGAGAGGAAUCUGCCAGUUGACAUAACUUGCAUGGAUGUGAUGGAGGAGAGAAGAGCUCUAAAUACUAAGGAGAAGGACUCUAACUGGGGACAUGUUCAACUUAAACAGGGAAGUCUCUGCAUUAAGAAUGAGGAUUGUGAACAGGGGGCAGUGGGCAUUAAGGAGGAGCCUGAGGAGAAGCCCAUCAUCUGUGAUAUGCAAGAACACAGAGUUACCGACCAUGUCAAGAAAGAGGACCUUCAGUCAGAGUCCGUCGGUCAACCUAGUGAUGUAAGUGUGUUAGUCUGCCCACAUGGUAGACAAUGUGCAGAUAAGGUGAAGCCUGAUGUUGAAUUGGACACACAAACCUUUGAGAGGAUAUCGAGGACAACACUGGAAGGUUGCCCAUCAUCUACAAAUCAGUCCGGACAAGGUGCACCACAGAGUCCCAGGUUUUCCCCGUCUUUAUCUGUUGAGACUUCACAUCAGGACAACCAACAACAGAAACCGGAUGACAAAAACAUGAAGAAAUCAAGCUCUGGAUCAGAGACUUUGACAAUAUCCUCCUUACAGUUAAGUGCUCUGCCUGUCGUGAAACUAACAAGGAUUGACACAAUUAACACUCAACAACAGGUAGAUGAAACACACUCCAAUGCCCUGCCUGUCCACCAACAGCAAAGAAAAAGUCUGAAAUAUCAAUCGAAAGAUAAAGCUAAUCAGAGGAACCGUACAAGUAAAAGGCCAUAUACCUGCUCUGAGUGUGGAAAACGAUUUUUACAAAGAGCCAAACUUGAAACCCACAAAAGAGUGCAUAGUGGAAAGAAGCCCUAUUGCUGUUCUGAAUGUGGAAAAGAGUUCAUUUUCAACAGCAGCUAUAAGAGCCACAUGAGAACUCACACUGGAGAGAAGCCGUAUUCCUGUUCGGAAUGUGGCAAAGGAUUCUCCAGUGGAGGAGUCCUUAAAAGACACAUGAGAAUUCACACAGGAGAGAAGCCGUAUUCUUGUUUGGAAUGCGGAAAGGGAUUCUCUGAAAAGAGCAGUCUCAACUCCCACAUGCCAACUCACACCGGUGACAAACCAUACAGUUGCUCUGAAUGUGGAAAGAGAUUUUCAAAGAGGCAGCGUCUUGAGGGACACAUGACAAUUCACACUGGGGAGAAGCCAUACGACUGUACAGAAUGUGGAAAGAGAUUCUCACAACGAGCCAAACUUGAAGCCCACAAAAGAGUUCAUACUGGAGAGAAACCGUAUUCCUGUUGUGAAUGUGGCAAACGUUUCUCGGAGAAAAGCAGCUGGAGGAACCACAUGACAACCCACACUGGACAGAAGCCAUAUUGCUGUUCAGAAUGUGGCAAAGGAUUCUCCAACAGGGGAACUCUUAAUAGGCAUGUGAAAAUUCACACUGGAGAGAAACCCUAUUGUUGCUCUGAAUGUGCAAAAGGUUUUUCGGAAAGGAGCAGCCUUAUCUCCCACAUGAGGACUCAUACUGGAGAGAAGCCGUACGGCUGUUCUGAAUGUGGAAAGCAAUUUUCAAAACAGCAGCGUCUCAAGAGCCACUUGACAAUUCAUACUGGAGACAAACCAUAUGGCUGUUUAGAAUGUGGCAAAAGAUUCUGUGACAGGAGAAAUCUUGACAAACACAUGAAAAUUCACAGUGGAGAGAAGCCUCACUCUUGUUCAGAGUGCGGCGAAUGUUUUUCAACAAGGGGUCAUCUUCAUAAACACAAAAAAAUUCAUAUUGGGGAGAAACCCUACUGCUGUGAUGAAUGUGGGAAACGAUUUUCUAAAAGGGACCAUCUUGAAAUCCACAAAAGAGUUCAUACUGGAGAGAAACCGUAUUCCUGUAGUGAAUGUGGCAAACAAUUCUCUUGCAAGAGUGGCUGCAAGAGCCACAUGAUAACUCACACAGGAGAGAGGCCAUAUGGCUGCUCAGAAUGUGGAAAGCGAUUUUCCAGUGGGGGAGUCCUUAACAGGCACAUGCGAAGUCACACAGGCGAGAAGCCGUAUUUCUGUUCUGAAUGUGGCAAGCAAUUUUCGAGAAGGAACUAUCUAAAGAGCCAUGCAAGAAUUCACACAGGAGAGAAACCUUAUGGCUGUUUUGAAUGUGGAAAGCGAUUUUCACAAAAGGGCAAUCUGGAGAGCCACACAAUAAUUCACACUGGUGAGAAACCUUACUGCUGUUCUGAAUGCGGAAAGCAAUUUUCAAGAAGGCAGCGUCUCGAGAACCACUCAAGAAUUCAUGCUGGGGAGAACCCAUACAGCUGUUUGAAGUGUGGCAAAGGAUUUUGUUACAGGAGAAAUCAUAACAACCACAUGAGAACUCACACAGAUCAGGCCCCAAAAGGUCAACCUGGCCAAGAAAUAACGAGUGCUGAAGACUGUGCAGUGGUAAAUUGAAGAUAAAGAGGAGAUCACGCAGCCAAACCAGAAUUUCCAGCUGAAAAGGUAGGCUCACAUAAAACUGGAAUCUCAAAGUUCUCUUGAUUUCCAGACUUGAUUAAAAUACCGAAUCUCUAAUUUCACUACUUUUAAGAGAAGUUCAGAAUAUCUCCAAUGAGCAGCAAAAGAAAUAUGUGUAGAAAGGGAAAGCUCCAAUAGUAAUGAACACUGACGGGAUGAAGAGAACAUUUGUUGUGAGGUGGCAUUAAUACUAAUAACAAACAAAUUAAGUAAAAAGAGAAAAGGGUCAUAUUUAAAAAGAAUGCCCAAAUAUGAAUGGAUACACUUGGAAUAGAUUAUCACCCAAAAGUGGAAUGCCCUAUAAAGGUAUGAAAGAAGUAAAAAUGGAAUGGGGUGGAAGUAUAAUAGACUGAAAGUGCUAAUAUUAAUGAAGCAGAAGGCCCAGAAAUUCAAAAAUCAGUGAGAACAUCUGCAGAAACUCGCCCAAACUCUAAAAUGAAUAAAGCACCUAAAGCAAAUACCCGGUGAAGAAGUGGGCAAGACCUCCUCAAUAGAAGAUGGGGGAAUUAAAGAAUAGCGCCCGGACCUUGUCGAUAUGGACAAGUACCCAGAAAUCUAUAGAAGAGAGAUGUUACCAGGAAUAGCACUAAACAACGCUGUAUGUGAUAUCAUAGAUAAGCUCAACAAGGCCACAAUUGAAAUCAAGCAAACCUAAUGGUUUAUAACGGACAUGACACUCGACCGGCUCAGUGCUGUCACUUCUAAAGGGACGGAGCAAAAGAAUAUCAAAGUCAGGAGAAACUGACAAAACUAUUAUUGAUCAUGCAGGAGAUGAAUAGGAGAAAAAAGAGAGAGAAUCUUUAUAGGAAGUGUCAUGAAUCAAAACGUACAGUAGAUGGAGCGUAUGAAAUCAAAGUCCUGGCUAAAUACGCUACGAUGCUGCAGUUUCAGUGGCUGUUCGACCCACCAUAAUUGACCCGAGUGCAGAUGUCUGUCCUAAGCAUUGCAUUAGAAGUAGCCUUAUCUACACAUCAGAGAGCAAGAAAGCAGGUUCGAUCCACUGGGAAACCAGUCGCUGUGUUCGGAUAAACCACAAUGGGAGCCUGGGCAAUAAAUAAAUGUCUCCCUGGAAAGACUCUCAAGGAAGAGUUCACUUAUUAUCCCUUUGGCCUUCCCCAAGGUGAACUGUUUGAUUGAACCCUUUUUAUUGUUUUCUGACAUCAGAGUCAAGUUCAGCUGCACCAUCCCUCGAGUCGGGGAGUCUCGACUUUAUUCCAUGUGAUCGCCGCUGAUCUGCUGAGGUGUCACUGUAACAUCUGUUGACAGGGUGGGAUUUGUCUUCAGACGGUAAUCCAGAUUCAUCAGAUAACUUACCUAGGGUGGUAUAAGAAGACUGGUCACGAUAAUCAAGUUGGAAAAUUGUAGGGCAGAGUCUCCCAGAAUGCAUCUCUGUGUUCUUUGCCAUUAUCUACCAUAUACUUGUAAAUAUUUUUAUUACUGUAUAUCACUUUGAGUUUGCUGAUUAAGAAACGGUUAAUUAUUGUAAACCACAUCUUGAUCUUUUGACUUUACCCUCACGAGGAUUCAUGUUGAAAAAGUUUAUCCCUUUUCUGCAGACACUUGCUGGAACCUGGCCUCGGAGUCCAAAGUGACGGCAAGGCUGUCUGAAUAUUCAGCUUUUGAGGUUUUUAUUCUGAAACGUGUGUGACAGGUUGGGUGCAUGCGCUGAUAGUGUGUCGCCGUGCCCACCAUACGACAAACCACCGGGAUUGGGACCCAAGUGUAGCGCGUGACACAGUCGCUGGAGGGCCAAUGCUGCCACCAGUCCCCAAGUGUUCCCAGCAGGUCGGAGGACUUGAUUUGCUGGGCUGGACGCAGAUUAACGCCAUAC